AUGACUGCCGUUGUGACCACGGCCCCAUUGGGCGUCGACCUCCUGGCCCAAAGCAUCAAGGAGAAUACAGCCAUUAACAUAGCUGAGGUCGACAUCAACAACACGGACAGAUUCCUCGUCCACUCUCCCUACACAGAACCAGAGCACUUGCUAGAUCUCGAGACCCUGGAUGAUGAAAACGCCCUCCUCGCCAGGGCGUUGUCUCAGAUGGAGUGCCUCCGCGCGGACUAUGCCACGGCCGGCUACGUUGAAUCCUUCAAUUGGGACCAAGUUCUCAGCGAGCUCAAGCGCCUCGUCCAAUCCACUGGGAAAACAUUCAAGGAAACUUCCUUUUACAUUGUGGCAUUCCGCUCGACGAUCCCGCCAUCAACAAUCUAUGAAGAUCUCGGCGUUUUGGACAAGGCCGCGCAUGCCGAAGCCAACCAAUUCGGGGGAUUCUUGAAAUAUUGGUUCGGAAGUCCCGACUCAGAAGGAAGAAAUUUGGCAACGUGCGUCUGGCGGUCGAGACCAGAUGCCGUCAAAGCCGGCCACGGUCAGGCUCAUCGUCGAGCAAGUCGUGCGACAGCGUCCAUGUACUCGUUCUGGAAGAUUGAUCGACACCGCCUCAUCGUUCGUGACGGGGCCGAAAGCUGGGAGAUUGUCGAUUGGGUUGACUGA